AUGGGCGCCUACCUCCAGCUCCAGAUGAGUCCAUCUGUCCUUCUGGUGGCCUUGACGUUUUUCAUGCAAGGCGCCUUGGCUUUGGAGUGUCACAGCUGUGUGGACUUGGGUGAUGGCAGUUGCAGUGAGCAGAAGAUGAAAAAGCUGACCUGCCCCAGAAAUACUCAGGUCUGCGUGGAAACCGUGGCUGCUGUGGAAUGGAGUCAUGGGAAGUUCUCCGUUGGCGAAAAGGGCUGCGGAGCGGGCAUACCAGGAACCAAUGACAAGGCGGUGGAGGUGCAUGGCAUCUUCGCCUUCUCGCAGCUGCACCAGUGCAACACGAGCGGCUGCAACGUUAAACUGGACAUCCAAGCUCUGCAGCUGCAACCUAUGGAUAAUGUGAGUGCACGGAUUCCCAACGGAGUGGAAUGCUACAGCUGUGAUGGAGACAACUGCACAAUGGACAACUCUUCCAUUGUCAAGUGUUAUGAUAAUUUCCAAGGUUGUUUCCAUGGAAAUGUCACUAUGAAAGCAGGGAAUUUUUCACUGACCAAACCCGUCAAAGGAUGCGUUCAAGAUGGCGACUGCACCAAGGUCCGGAAAGGGAGCAAUGCCAUCACCCUCUCAGGCUCCUGUUGUUCAGGGAAUCUCUGCAACACGAAUCUCUCCAACAAAACGCAUUUCUCCACCUCCAUUCCAAGGCCGGCCUUCCUGCCUGCUGAAGAGACCAAGAACGUAACCACCACGACCCCUCCCACGUACGUCCGGGUCAACGCAGCCACAGUGGUGGCUUCCACUUCCAGCAAGAUCACCCGUUCUCUUGGUGUGAGCCCAUCGGUGGGCGGCCCUCAGAAGGACCACAGUCACGACCACGACCACGACCACGACCACGACCACAGUCACGAAGAGGAUGAAAAGAACGUCGUUGUUCAAAAUAGGAAGGUGGUCCCUUCGGUGCAGGUUGAAGAAAGAAAAGUUGGUGGGCCAAAGGGAGGUGUAGCAGGCUUGCAGGGGUCCCUCCUGGUGACUUUGGUCCUCCUUGGCUUGUCUCUGUGA